GCGGCCUUCAGUCAUCCUGUGCAGCAGGUGGCGCUAAUGUGUUUUCAUGAGCUGUGAGUAAGAGUUCAAACCAACACUCAAGUAAACCAACUAACAACUCAUAAACAAGAUGAAAUAAGAUCUUCUGCGCUAUUAUUAUGACUUAUUAAUAUUCUGCUGAGCUUUUAGAAAUCGUUUCAAGAGCUGAAAUAUCCUUUCGAGCAACACUAGGAAGUGGAUAAAUAGCACAUGAACGGUCAGACAUGUCAAAAGUAGAGAAGAGCGGUGAAACGGAGCAUCAUGAAUCAAAAAAGCUGCCUAUUUAUCAACACAAAGACAAACUCAUUCAGGCUGUGAAGGAAAACACCUUCCUGAUCGUAACGGGUGAAACUGGCAGCGGAAAAACAACUCAGCUCCCUCAGUACUUGUACAAAGCAGGUCUUUGCAGGAAGGGCAAGAUUGGUGUGACUCAGCCCAGGAGGGUUGCAGCCAUCACUGUAGCCCAGAGGGUGUCUCAUGAGAUGGGGGUCAGGCUGGGUGAGGAGGUGGGCUACCAAGUGCGCUUUGAUGACUGCUCAACCAAGGACACUGUGGUUAAAUACAUGACAGAUGGCUGUAUGCUGAGGGAGAUUCUUGCAGACCCCAGUUUAACACAGUACAGCAUCGUGAUCCUGGAUGAAGUCCAUGAGAGGAGCCUGAAUACAGAUAUUUUACUUGGGUUACUCAAGAAGACCCUGUCAAAAGGGUCCCGUGGCCGCAAAACACCCCUCAAAGUAGUUGUGAUGUCAGCAACAUUAGAAACGGAAAAGCUCAGCUCUUUUUACGGACACUGUCCCAUAUUUGCGAUUCCUGGGCGUACAUAUCCGGUGAAGGAGAAAUUCUGUAAUCUGAUUGGUCCAAAAGACAAAGAUAGUUCUGUCUAUGUCAAAGAGGUGGUAAAGGUGGCUUUAGAUGUGCACACAAAUGAAGCAGCUGGUGAUAUUUUGGUCUUCCUGACUGGUCAAUCUGAAAUCGAGAAAGCUUGUGAUUCGCUUUUUGAGAAGGCUGAGGUCUUAGACUACCGUUACGAUGUCCAUGACCAAACUGUUGAAGGGCUUCUCAUCCUACCUUUGUAUGGAUCCAUGCCAACAGAUCAGCAAAGGCAAAUAUUUCAGCCUGCGCCAAAAGGUGUGAGGAAGUGUGUGGUAGCGACGAAUAUUGCUGCAACUUCACUCACAAUUGAUGGAAUCAGAUAUAUCGUUGACAGUGGAUUUGUGAAACAGCUAAACCACAACUCGAGGGUUGGAUUGGAUAUUUUGGAAGUGGUACCAAUUUCAAAAAGCGAGGCUCAGCAGAGAGCGGGCAGGGCUGGACGAACAUCUGCAGGAAAAUGCUUCAGGAUUUACAGUAAAGACUUCUGGGAAACAUGCAUGCCAGAGUACACCAUUCCAGAGAUUCAACGGACCAGUCUUACAUCUGUCAUUCUCACACUGAAAUGUCUCGGUGUCCAUGAUGUGAUUAGAUUUCCUUACCUUGAUUGUCCAGAGGAACGAUUUAUCCUGACUGCUCUGAAGCAGCUGUAUCAGUAUGAUGCCAUUGACAGGAGAGGUGAAGUUACCAGACUGGGGAGGUUGAUGGUGGAGUUCCCUCUUCCUCCUAAUCUUACUCGUGCUCUACUCAAAGCUGCCGCUCUCGGAUGUGAGGACAUAAUGCUGCCUGUAGCCGCCAUGCUAUCAGUAGAGAAUAUCUUCAUUCGACCAGGUAAACCAGAAGGACAAAAGGAAGCAGAGAUUCGACACAAACAGAUAGCAGCUUCUGCUGGCAGCUCCAAUGAUUUCCUCAUGCUUCUCUGUGUCUUUGAGAAGUGCAGAGCGAGCGACCAUCCAUCUGCCUGGUGCAAAGAGAACUGGAUCCAUUGGCGAGCAGUGAAGUCAGCCUUCAGCGUUGAGACACAGCUAAGAGAGAUUCUUCUACGCCUGAAGCAGCAGAAAGACUUUCCACAUGAGACGUUUGAGGGCAGUAGGAGUGAACUGCUACGCCAGUGCCUUUGCCUGGGUUAUUUCACCAAUGUAGCCAGACGAUCCGUUGGGAAAUCAUUCUGCACCAUGGACGGACAUGGGUCGAGCAUUAUCAUUCACCCUUCAUCGUGUACAUUGUAUAUAUCUACAGCUGCUACAGCGAGGAAACAGAAUUGGCUUUCUCAGGCCGGUAUCUUUGCUAAUAGGGCAGAUCGACACCAGUCAUGGGCGGAGCUUCCCUACUCCAAUCUCUUUGGUCAAGAAUUGCAGCUGGAUUGGAUCAUCUUCCAUGACGUGUUGGUCACCUCACGAGUGUACGUGAGAACAGUUUGCCCCAUCCGUUACGAGUGGGUGCAGGACCUGUUGCCGAAGCUGCAUGAAAUCGACGUCUUUGAGUUGAGUAGUGUCGCAAGGGAAGAAGUAACUGAUGAAGAGAUGGUCCAAUGGGAAAAGAAAGAGGCAGCAAAAAGACAAGCAGAGGCCACAGAGGAUGCGGCAAAGAAGCUGGAAAAGAGAAAUGACGAAAGCUCAAUCACAGAGGCCCGUGCUCGCUACUUGGAGCGAAAACAGCAUCGGCUACAAAGAAAGGGUACAUGAGAGGAUCAGAGGAAAUAUAAAAGACUUUAUAAUCUCAGAUUUCAGAACAUAAUCCUGGUUUACUGCUGCAGCAGUCUGGUAUUGUGGAUUUUGAUAUGGCUCUUGAGUCACAAUGUGUAAAACACAUUUUAAAUAUUUUUUACAUAAAUAAAUAGUUUUUUUUAAUA